ACUCCGGGGCUUCCGUAGGGUCAAACAUGGCGGCCGCCCUUCUACGAGAGUUGGGUUCACUGUGGGUACCUCACCUGAGGAUCUGGGCAACGCAGGCGCUGCGAGUUUCACCCCAAUCAUGUAUCCACACAAGUGCUUCUCUUGACGUUUCUCGAAAAUGGGAGAAGAAGAAGAACAUUGUUUACCCACCUCAACUGCCUGGCGAACCUCGGAGACCAGCAGAAAUUUACCAUUGUCGGAGACAAAUAAAAUACAGCAAGGACAAGAUGUGGUAUCUGGCAAAAUUGAUACGCGGUAUGUCCAUCGAUCAGGCUUUGGCUCAAUUGGAGUUCAGUGAUAAAAAGGGAGCUCAAGUAAUUAAAGAGGUUCUCUUAGAAGCACAAGACAUGGCAGUGAGAAACCACAAUGUGGAAUUCAGAUCCAACUUGUACAUAGCGCGGUCCACCUCAGGUCGAGGCCAGUGCCUCAAGCGCAUCCGUUACCAUGGUCGAGGUCGCUUUGGCAUCAUGGAGAAGGUCUAUUGCCACUACUUUGUGAAGCUGGUGGAAGGGUCCCCACCCCCACCUGAAGCCCCCAAGACAGCAGUUGACCACGCCAAGGAGUAUAUUCAGCAGCUUCGCAACCGGACCAUCAUCCACGCUCUGUGACAGCCUUUCUGGCUCCUCAGUCUCGGAAUGGAUCAGAGACCGAGGUGCAGCCAGAAACGGGGAGUAACACCGGUAAAGAAGAGUCCACACACACUGUCAGACUGGGAGUAUCCAAACAGCAGAAGGCCGCUGCACGAGCAGGAUCUCCAGUGAGAAGAGGCCCCACAUCCACGGAGAACUGAAAGGAAUCCUAUUUUAGUGCAUUGAGGUGUCAAAUGCCUUUAAUGCCGGCAAUCGAGAGGCAGAGACAAGUGGACUCUGUGAGUUUGAGGCCAGCCUGGUCUGUCUAUUGAGUUCUAGGUUAACCAGGGCUACACAGGGAGACCCUGUCUUCAAAACAAAACAAAGCAGAAAACCCAGUGCUUAAAAUAGACAAAUGAUCUGAAUAUCCCUUUGUGAAAAUGGAAAUACCAGUAGCCCAAAGGUAAGUGAGAACCAGUGUCUUUAGGACUGCUCUGGGGCCAGCCCUAUCACUCCUGGGAAGACACGGAGGGCUGGCUAAACACAGUUAACUUGGUUGUUAACACCUGCAGAGGAGACGACAGCUUUUCACGUAGGAAGCAAAGUGGAUGGAAGCAGAAGAGCCUGUGCUUAGGAAAUAGAGACUGUGACAAAGUGCACUUUCUCACCCGAGGAAACUAAAAGAACUGAAAGUGGUCACGCUUUCACACUGGGAAGGCCAGGCAGGGUGCACUGGCCAGCACACACGCUGUCAGUAAGUGUGGAAAUGCCAUAUUGAAAGCUUGGCAAAUGAAGACAUAAGAGCAUUACACACAUGCAGACAAUGUCAUGAAACCAUGUGUAUAAUUAGAAUAUGCUAACACAUGUAACAGAAAAAUGUAUAGUUGAUAUAUCAAUAAAAUGAAAAAAAUCAAAAAU